CGAUUAACAGCCUCGAAACAUUACUUGACAAUAUCCAACCUAGACACCGCCGUUUCUUGUCUCAGUCGCACGUCUCUCUAGUCGUACAAGAUGAGUAAAAUGUGGGAGGUAGACCCGGAGACGCGGAGUAAGCUUCUGGAAAUUCAAAAGACGAACGACAACAACAAAUGCGUCGACUGCAAUGCGCCGAGUCCACAAUGGGCCUCGCCCAAGCUCGGCAUAUUCAUGUGUCUCUCCUGCUCCGGCGUUCACCGUGGUCUCGGCGUGCAUAUCUCCUUCAUCCGUAGCAUAACCAUGGACGCUUUCAAAGGCAGCGAACUCGCGCGCAUGGCCGCCGGCGGCAACAAGUCCUUCCAAGACUUCUUCAACACACACUCGUCCAACACCAAAGAUGGACGCACAUUCGAAGCCUCGAGCAUUCAGGAGCGGUACGAUUGUGAAGCUGGCGAUGAGUGGAAGGAACGGCUGAGCUGCAAGGUGGAAGACCGAGAGUUUGAUAAGAGUAACCUGCCAAAGAGGUUACCGAAGAAGGAUAAUGCAUUUGCUGCUGGUGCGGGCGCGCCAUUAAGUGGAAGGGCAAGCGCGGCAGCGAGUAGGAGUCAGACACCACUCGGCAAGACGCGAAGUAACGACGCGGGUUUCCAGCGCUCUGGAUCCCCUGCCCUCGGAACGAACGCCAUGUCCUCACAGAAGUCCAAGAACGAAGCGUACUUUGCGAAGAUGGGCCAAGAUAAUGCAAGUAGGCCAGAGGGCGUUGCACCGAACCAAGGAGGGAAAUAUGGCGGCUUUGGAAGCGAGCCAGAGGCAUGGAAGAAGGACGAUGAGCCUGGUGCGCCGCCGGAGCUUUCUGACUUCCAGAAGGACCCCGUUGCGGCACUCACCAAGGGAUUUGGGUGGCUGGGCGCAAGUGUGAGCAAGGCGGGUAAGGUUGGGUAUGAGGGCUACGUGAAGCCCAGCAUGCAAAAGCUCGCCGAAGCAGACAUCGCCUCCCAAGCCCGCAACACGGCCGGAACCCUAGGCCAAACUCUCCAAUCUGGCGUUGCCAACGCAGGAACCACAUUCAACCGCUUUGUCGAAGGCGAAGGCCCCGCCAACAACACUCGCCGAACCAAUGCUGAACCCGAACGCAAAGACUUCUGGGAGUCUUUUGGUGAGCCACCAAAAGGGCCGCCCAAGGAGAAGCAAGAUUUCUGGGAUGAGUUUUCGAAUGCGAGCGAGACAAGAGCCAGUACUGCACUGCCAAAGAGCAAACCGUCAGGUAUUGGAACGGCGGCUGUGAAGAAGAACACUGGUGGGCCAACUGGGAAGAAGGACGAUGGUUGGGGAGAGUGGUAAAACGAUUGUCACGUGGAUUGUAGGAGUUCUGGAGUUGGAAGGGGGUGUUUGAGGGGUGCGUAGACUCCCCAGGCCAGGUUUUGGUAUUGAAAUAGAUGCGUACACUACCACCCGACCUGUAUCUGAAUGUUGAGGUAGAAGUUGGUGUAUGGCUUUCGAGCAGUUCGUACAUGCGAGUUAUGAAUCAGUAGUCACAUACUGGAUCGGAGUCCACAAGCAGUGAAUCAACAAGUCAGAGGCAUUCAAUGUCCAAUUUCAUGUGAAAAAUCAC